GUUACGCCUGCACUUGAUAUUACUCUCUUGGUGCCUCGCUCGUCUUUGAGUUAUUUGACUGCUCCAAGAUGGCGGCGCUGCUGGGACUGCGUGCUUGCGUCUCUGCCCUCCAGGUGUCCUCACCAAGCCUCCUGCAGAGCUCCUUUAAACUGUGUGCCGUGCCUCUGAGUCAGCGGACCUUCGCUGCCGAGGCUAAGAAGACCUACAGCAGGGACAAGCCACACGUCAACGUUGGCACCAUUGGUCAUGUGGACCACGGCAAGACCACCCUAACUGCAGCCAUCACAAAAGUGCUUGCGGACGCAGGUGGCGCUAACUUUAAAAAAUAUGAGGAGAUCGACAACGCCCCCGAGGAGAAGGCCAGAGGAAUUACCAUCAACGCUUCUCAUGUGGAAUAUUCUACUGCCAACAGACAUUAUGCUCAUACAGACUGUCCUGGACACGCUGAUUAUGUCAAGAACAUGAUCACAGGCACGGCUCAGAUGGACGGCUGCAUCCUGGUGGUGGCGGCCACCGACGGCCAGAUGCCGCAGACGCGUGAACACCUCCUGCUGGCCAAACAGAUCGGCGUGGAGCACGUGGUGGUGUUCAUCAACAAAGCCGACGCGGUGGAAGACAAGGAGAUGGUGGAGCUGGUGGAGAUCGAGAUCCGCGAGCUUCUCACCGAGUUCGGCUACGACGGCGAGAACGCGCCCGUCGUGGUCGGCUCCGCCCUCUGCGCCCUGGAGAACCGCGAGCCGGAGCUAGGCCAGAACGCAGUGAUGAAACUGCUGGAGAUUGUGGAUUCCUACGUUCCACUACCCAAAAGAGAACUGGACAAGCCCUUCCUUCUGCCCAUCGAGAGCAUUUAUUCCAUCCCUGGCAGGGGGACGGUGGUGGCCGGCACCUUGGAAAGGGGGCUCAUAAAGAAAGGGGAGGACUGUGAGUUUGUGGGCCUCAAUCGCAGCGUCAAAUCUGUGGUUACAGGUAUUGAGAUGUUCCAUAAGUCUCUGGAUCGGGCCGAGGCCGGCGACAACACGGGCGUUCUGGUCCGAGGCCUGAAGAGGGAGGACGUGAGGAGAGGCAUGGUGAUGUGCAAGCCUGGUUCCAUCAGGCCUCAUCAGAAAGUCCAGGCUCAGGUGUACAUCCUGAGUAAAGAGGAAGGAGGACGACACAAACCGUUUGUCAGCAACUUCACCCCCGUCAUGUUCUCGCUCACGUGGGACAUGGCCUGCAAAGUCUCUCUGCUGUCGGACAAGGAAAUGGUGAUGCCCGGGGAGGACACGGCCCUGAUCCUCACCCUCCGACAGCCCAUGGUGCUGGAGAAGGGCCAGAGGUUCACUCUGAGGGACGGCAACAAAACCAUCGGCACAGGCCUGGUCACAGACAUCCUGACACUGACAGACGACGACCAGUGGUUUGGUUGAUUGGCAGGCCUGUCUGAAGGUGAGGGGGGGUCUGGAAAGUCAAAUAUUCAGGCAAAACUACAAAUGCACGUCCCAAACCCCAAUAUUUGUAAAGUCAAGCAUUUGUAAGAGUGGACCAGGCUGCUACGUGUCGUUAUGUAAUAAAAUGUCUUCAAGAAAA